AUGACUGAGGCACCUGCUGACUACUUGUCAACCACCAGCUCCUACAACUAUGAGCAGCCCCUUCCCCCCGGGGCUCGGACAAGCACUGUCACCAAGGUACCUCCAGCCAAAAAAAUAACCUUCUUCAAGAGUGGAGAUCCUCAGUUUGAGGGAGUCAAGAUGGCCAUCAACCAGCGAAGCUUCAAGAGCUUCAAUGCACUCAUGGAUGACCUCUCUCAUCGGGUCCCACUGCCAUUUGGGGUACGGACCAUCACCACCCCACGAGGAAUACAUUGCAUCAAUGAGCUGGACCAGCUGGAAGAUGGAGGAUGUUACCUUUGCUCUGACAAGAAAUAUGUCAAGCCUAUUAGCAUUACUUCUGGGAGGUACAGGCCAGGCCCUCCACGAAAUGGUCGUCCCUCCAGUACCUUGAGAAGAGCAGCUCAGGAAGGUAGAUUUGAAGAUUAUUCCACAACUUUUACACAGCACGGACCUAGAAUACCCAAGAAAAUCACUCUACUUAAGAAUGGAGAAACCAGUUUUCGGCGCUCGAUUAUCUUGAACCGCAGAAAUGCCAGGAGCUUCAUAACACUCCUGGAUGAGAUCUCAGAGAUCCUGCAGUUCCCAGUGAAGAAGCUCUACACUGUUGAUGGGAAGAAGAUCGACAGCAUGCAGGCUCUGCUUCACUGCCCCAGCGUGCUGGUGUGUGUUGGCCGGGAGCCAUUCAAACCAGUAUCGAUGGAAAAUUUGAGGAAACACUCGGUGGAGAAGCUGCCCGACCUGACCCCUCGUUCCAAUGGCAACAAUAUCAAUGAAAACAAUGAAGCAAACUUUGGGCUGAAAGCCAAAAAAAGUGUUAUCCAUCCACGGACAUCAUCAAGCACCAGGUCAAUGAGAUUUUCUUUAUCAUCGGAAAAGUCAUAUCCUAAUGGUCUCGCUGCCUCACCAGAUAAUGGGGCACCUUUCUCAAACAGUUGCUCGCAUCCAAAACCUGGGGAACUGGUCCAUUCUUUGGUCAAUGAUGACAUAGAAAAACGGGUACAUGUGAACAAGGAUGGAAGCCUGUCUGUUGAGAUGAAAGUUCGCUUCCGCUUGCUGAAUGAUGAGACUCUGCAAUGGUCCACCCAGAUCAAAAAGUCCAACAUGAACCAGAUGCCUUGUGAAGAGUCCGGUGUAGAGGACACUGGAGUAGACCCCAUACAGAAAAUGAACCCAGAGGCCAGCUCAGAGGCAGAUGAGUCAUUAUAUCCCUGUGAUAUUGAUUCUUACAUGUCAAAACUUGAGGAAUCGGAAUGUGAUGAGGUUCUUUGCCACAACUGUGGCAAGAAACACCAGGAUUAUGACAUCUGGAAAAAUCCCAUGCACACAUCCCAGAGGGAAGAGCCCAGUGUACGAAGCACCUGGCGCACACGGUCGUCAUGCUCCAGCACAUCUUCCCGGAGGAGAGUAGUCCACAAAAAAAUGGCUUCUGUGGAUAGCCUCCACACCACAUCCAGUGAGGAGUUCUCUGAACACAUUGUGCAUGAGUCCUCAUCCUACUCAGAGACUGUAGAGAACAGAGUGUCAUACCGAUCAAUUAAAAAGUGUACCUGUCGAAGUGAGCUGUCUACAGGUGUUUCCAAUGGAGAAGACCAGCAAGAAUACACCCGGACAAGCACGAGCAACAGUCAGAGACCUUCGUCCGCAGGCGUAAUGUCACAUUCAAGCUGUGAAAACAACCUUGAUCCUCAAGACAGCCCUGAAGACCAUGAACCCAGCAAAACCAAUUCACAACAUGAAGAUGAAAACUGUUUUGAAGUUUCCUCUGUGAAGUGCUUAAAGGAUGACAUGGAAGAGGUUGAAACCAGCAGAGUUGGGAGUGCCAUGUCAAGGUCAUCUCUGCAGUCCAGACAGAGCAAGAAAAAUGUAUGUGAGGAAACAAGCAGUGUGGCUAGGAGCAUGUCCUCCUCCAGCCUUCGGAGGGCAGAUCAAGAAGAUAAUACCAGGUGCUCCACUCCUGCCAAUAGUGUGUACAGUAAGUCUAGCAAAUGUCCUACACCAAGAGCUCAGAGUGAACAAGAUGACCACUCUGAUGACAAUGCAGUGGUCUCUUUCUCCAGUGAAUCCCACCCCCAGAAAGAGGCUGAAGAAGUUGGAGUAGAACAAGAAGAACAUGAAAUCAGUGAGGCCGGCUCAGUGUCAGCAAAAUCAAAGGCCAGCCAACCAAUUAGAGAUGAGAGCAGUGAAGUGAAUCCCACCCCCAGAAAGAGGCUGAAGAAGCUGGAGCAGAACAAGAAGAACAUGAAAUCAGUGAGGCCGGCUCAGUGUCAGCAAAAUCAAAGGCCAGCCAACCAAUUAGAGAUGAGAGCAGUGAAGGUGAACAGUGCUCUAGACAAGGAACCCCUCACUCCAGAGCUAGUGACUGGAAUAGCAAAAGAAGUGACAGUGAAAGAGGCUGAAGAAGCUGGAGCAGAACAAGAAGAACAUGAAAUCAGUGAGGUCGGCUCAGUGUCAGCAAAAUCAAAGGCAAGCCAACCAAUUAGAGAUGAGAGCAGUGAAGGUGAACAAUGCUCUAGACAAGGAACCCCUCACUCCAGAGCUAGUGACUGGAACAGCAAAAGAAGUGACAGUGGUGAGGUUUUAAAUUGCAAUGCCUCUUGCUCUUCCAGAGGAUCCAAGAAGAGCAAACACAGCCAUAUUAAUUUGGAUGCACGGUCUGAAAAGUCUGUGUCUUCAGUUGGAUCCACUGCAAAUAGAAAGAGUAACUCCCUACAUGCAGGUGAUAUGAGAUCAGGCAGCAGGGCAUCUAAUUAUUCCAAAAGCUCUAAUGACAAUGCAAUGGUCUCUUUCUCCAGUGAAUCCCACCCCCAGAAAGAGGCUGAAGAAGCUGGAGCAGAACAAGAAGAACAUGAAAUCAGUGAGGUCGGCUCAGUGUCAGCAAAAUCAAAGGCCAGCCAACCAAUUAGAGAUGAGAGCAGUGAAGGUGAACAGUGCUCUAGAGAAGGAACCCCUCAUUCCAGAGCUAGUGACAGAAAUAGCAAGAGAAGUGACAAUGAUGAGGUUGAAAAUUGCAACUUCUCUUGCUCUUCCAGAGGAUCCAAGAAGAGCAAACACAGCCAUAUUAAUUUGGAUGCACGGUCUGAAAUGUCUGUGUCUUCACUUGAAUCCACUAGAAAUAAAAAGAGUAACUCCCUAUAUGCAGGUGAUAUGAGAUCAGGCAGCAGGGCAACUAAUUACUCCAAAAGCUCAUGUGAAAUGAAGAAAAAAUCUAUUGGAGACUCCAAGUCUCAAGACUCAGGAUCUUUUCACUCAAGCAUUUCAGUUUCUAAUGAAGGAGAGGUAAUAACAGGUUUUGCUGAGGAGAAAAGCUCGAAAAGUACCAAUUGUUACAGUCAGUCCUCAAGAAGUUCAAAGAAGAGAAGCCAUAUAGAAGAAAAUAGCAAAUCAUCAUCCCCCUGCUCAAGUGUUUCAAGCCCUAAUGGAAGUGCUAGAGAGGGCCAUUCCAAGAUGAAUUCAGAGGCCCCUUCUUCAAGACAAGGAAGUAUGAGUGAGAGUGUGUGUUCAAAAGGUGACCAUGUGACUGAGGCUCUGCCUGGGAACGGAUAUCCUGAAAGUGUCUCUUCAAGAGUCUCUUCAAAAUCAGAAAUAAAAGAUAAAUGCUUGUUGAUACAGACAUCUCAGGAGAGUGAUGAUAGGUGUUCACAAUCAAACUUAUCUCAGUCCUCAAAAUCAAGACAGUUAAAAACUAGAAAUCUUCAUGUGAAGAUGGCAAACUCCAGUCGAGCAUCACUGUCUGACACUUUGUCAGUCUGUAGCUUGCAUUGCCCUGCCCCACCAAAAGGGAAGCCAAACAGAAAAAAAGCACAGUCACCCAUGAUGAAGAAUUACUCCAUUAGCAGUGUAGGUACUGAAUCAGUGCUGGCCACAGGAAAAGAACAAAAAGAAAUAACAGAUUCCUCCAUAGCAACUUCUUAUGGGUCUAAAUCAGCUGCAAGCAAAGUAUAUGAUGAGAAAAAUAAAGAGAUCAAUGACUCUUGCAGCAGAAAAGAGAAUGAAGAGUUAGAAGGUCUGAGCAUUCAGGAGGAAGGGAGUGAGUUAAUGCCGUCUAUUCUACCAAAUACAUCUCCGGAGGAAGUUGUGCAAGAAUGGCUAAAUAAAAUCCCUACAGAAGUAUUACUUCUGAAAUAUGAAAUGAAUGAUGGUGCAGAAGAAGAAUGUGUAGAGGCAACUACUGAGGUAUCUGGCUGUACAAAUGCAGAGGAAGCCUCAGAGGAUGAAAAAGCUGAGAAAGAGAACAUGGAGGAAGCUGAAAAUGAAGCAAAGCAUGAAGAGGGAAAAGAGACAGCAGAAAACACUUCUAAUAAUGAAGACACUGAAGAACGUGUUAAUCAGGAGCAAAUAUCUGAGGCUGUGUCUGUGUCUGAAGCUGCCAAGGUUGACCAGGAGGAAUGUAACCAGGCAGAAUGUGACCAAGCAGAAUGUGACCAGGGAGAAUGCAACCCACCAGUUACAUCCAGCCAAGACAACAACCAAAAAGAGCUGCCAACCUCAGUCCAGACCUCUGUCCAGAUCAUGAAGGCCUUGCUCAGUUCAAAAUACGAACCAAAGUUUGACCGAUCAAACAGUUUGCCUGAAAUGUCCCCCACUAUGGGGAAAAAACUGAGUAACUCUGCCAACGUUUUGAUUACUUGUCUUGCCAGUCUCCAACUCCUUGAUGAAGAAUCAGAAGAUCCAGCAGAUAAACGUUUGGGUAAGCCAAGUUAUCUGGACCUGCUAAAUAUUUUUCAAGCCUUAUGGUUUGGAUGCACAGAUGAAAAAUGUGUUUCAAGUCCAGAUCAAGAGGCAAGUGAGCAGGCAAAGACAGCCCCUGUGUGUAAAGCCCAAGCAUCUGUAGAUAAUGAUUUCACUCCCAUGUCCUCCUCUGGGGUCGAUGUUAACAGUGGUUCUGGUGGCUCAGGAGAAGAUUGCACCAAGGAUUGCACUUCAAUGGCACUGAAAACUGCUGAAGUCAAAUCAGCUGGACAAAUGGAAAAUGUAAUGACUGGCAUUGAACCGACUGAGGCUGAAGAGCAAAUUCACAAGCAAGAGAAGUCAUCCCGCCCUUCAACAGCUUGCUCAAAAAGUGAGAAAAAAGCACAGUCUACUAGACAGGAGUCUCUAAUUCAGGAAGCAGAAGAGAAGGGGGAGAAUCCGUGCAGCAACUGUGAGAAUGGUCAGGAGGAAGGGGAAGAAAAAGAAAAUGAAGAAAACAGCAAGUUAGCUGAAAAUGGAGAACAAGAAGAAGCUGAAGCUGUAAAUGAUGAAAUCCCAAAAGAAAAUCUUGAAGAGGAAACUGAUCAGCUAGCUACUGCUGAUGAUACAAAUGCCAGUGAUGCUGAUUGUGGAACAGAACUGAAAGCUGAUUUGGAAGAGCAACUUGAAAAAGAGUCUCCAGAUGAUCCAAAGCCCAAUGUUGAUGUGGCCACCAGUGUGGACACAUCCAUUACGCAGCAAAACUCAAUGGAACCAGAUCCAACCUGGGUCCUGAAACUGCUCAAGAAAAUCGAGAAGGAGUUCAUGGCUCAUUAUGUCAGUGCCAUGGAUGAGGUAAAAGUCAGGUGGAACCUGCAGAACAACGAGCAGAUGGAUGAAAUGAUUUUGGUGCUGAAGGAAGAAGUGAGCAAAAGGAUACAGGAAAGCAUAGAAAAGGAGUUGAGGAAGAUUAAAGCCAGAGCAGAGAAGACAUCAAGACCUCCAGAUGAAUCACCCAAGAGCGAGUCAACACUGAGCCAACAAACUGAGGAGAGGAGACGACGACUGCAGUCUAUGCAUAGAAGGUCCUUCUUCAGUGACAAGAAUGGAAACCAGAGUAUGAUAGAGGGCACGUCAGACUUAUCAUUUGAUGUAGGUGAUGAUGAAGCAUUUAGUGCAGCUUUUGAGGCCAGUAUUAGUAAACAAACGAGUGAGGAGGAAUUCUGCCCGUGUGACACUUGUGUGAGGAAAAAAAUAGCUUCCAAGCCCAUAAGAAACCCAGUGGUGGCCACCAAUGCCCCAGUUCUGAAAGCAUUUGAUUUACAACAAAUCCUGAGGCUGAAGAAAAAUGAGGAAGUCUGUGUCUCAGAAGCAGCCCAGGACAUCACAAAAAAUACCAGAAACUCUGUGGAGGAAGCAGCAGAAAAUAACAAUCAAAAGGAGGAGAAUGAUGAGGGUGAAUUCCAGCCAAGUGAAACAGAAGUGGAGGGCAAUGAAGAAAAGGAGCCCAAACUCAAUGAGGUGGACAGCUCAACAUUGAAUGGAACUGGAGAAGGACCUGAAAUAUCAGAGAGUAAAAACUGUGAGAUGGAGGAUGAGGUUAAAGAUGAAGAAAGCAAAGAAGAAGAAAAGGGAGACACAGAAGAAGUAGGGGAAGAAAUGAGAGUAGGAGAAGAAGCAAAAGAGCAGGAAGAAGAGAAAGAGGAAGAAGUAAUCAUGAAGGCAGAAGACAAGCAAGAAACAAAAGAGGAGGAAAAAAAAGAGGAGGAAACAAAAGAGGUUGAAGAGAAGGAUGAGGAGGAAGAAACAAAAGAGGAGGAAAAAGUGGAUGAGGAAGAAACAAAAGGGGAAGACAUGAAGGAGGAGGAAGAAGCAAAAGAGGAGGAAGAGGAAGAACAAGAGGAGGAAGAGAACGUGGAAGUGGAAGCACAGGAGGAGGAAGAGGAAGUGAAGGAGGAGGAGGAAGAAGCAAAAGAGGAGGAAGAAGUGAAGGAGGAGGAAGCAGCAAAAGAGGAGGAAGCAGCAAAAGAGGAGGAGGAAGAGGAAGCAAAGGAGGAGGAGGAAGAGGAAGCAAAGGAGGAGGAAGAGAAAAUGAAGGAGGAAGAGGAAGAAGGAAAUGAGGAAGAGGAAGUGAAGCAGGAAGAGGAAAAAGAAAAUGAGAAAGAGGAGGAAGAAGUGAAGGAGAAAGGGAAAGAAGAAAAUGAGGAACAGGAGGAAGAAGUGAAGGAGGAGGAGGAAGUGGAAGAGGAAGAAAGAAAAGAGGAAGAAGUGGAAGAGGAAGAAAGAAAAGAGGAAGAAGAGGAAGAAGGGAAGGAGGAGGAAGAAAGAAAAGAGGAAGAGGAAGAAGAAGUGGAGGAGGAGGAAGAAGCAAAAGAGGAGAAAGAGAAGGAGGAGGAGGAAGUAAAGGAGAAGGAGAAAGAAGGAAAAGAGGAGGAAGAGAAGAAGAAGGAGGAGGAAAUUAAGGAGGAGGAGGAAGAAGCAAAAGAGGAGGAAGAGGAAAUUAAGGAGAAAGAGGAAGAAGGAAAAGAGGAAGAGGAGGAAGAAGUUAAGGAGGAGGAGGAAGAAGCAAAAGAGGAGGAAGAGGAAAUUAAGGAGAAAGAGGAAGAAGGAAAAGAGGAAGAGGAGGAAGAAGUUAAGGAGGAGGAGGAAGAAGCAAAAGAGGAGGAAGAGGAAAUUAAGGAGAAAGAGGAAGAAGGAAAAGAGGAAGAGGAGGAAGAAGUGAAGGAGGAGGAGGAAGAAGCAAAAGAGGAGGAGGAAAAGGAGGAGAAGAAGGAGGAAGAGGAAGUGAAGGAGGAAGUGAAGGAGGAAAGAGAAGAAACAAAACAGGAGGAGGAGGAGGAAGCAAAGGAGGAAGUGAAGGAGGAAGGAGAAGAAACAAAAGAGGAAGAGGAGGAGGAAGCAAAGCAGGAAGAGAAGGAGGAAGGAGAAGAAACAAAAGUGGAAGAGGAGGAGGAAGCAAAGGAGGAAGUGAAGGAGACGGAAGAAGCAAAAGAGGAGGAAGAGAAGAAAGAGGAAGAGGAACUGAAGGAGGAAGGAGAAGAAACAAAAGUGGAAGAGGAGGAGGAAGCAAAGGAGGAAGUGAAGGAGGAAGGAGAAGAAACAAAAGAGGAAGAGGAGGAGGAAGCAAAGGAGGAAGUGAAGGAGGAAGGAGAAGAAACAAAAGUGGAAGAGGAGGAGGAAGCAAAGGAGGAAGUGAAGGAGGAAGGAGAAGAAACAAAAGAGAAAGAGGAGGAGGAAGCAAAGGAGGAAGUGAAGGAGGAAGGAGAAGAAACAAAAGAGGAAGAGGAGGAAGCAAAGGAGGAAGUGAAGGAGGAGGAGGAAGCAAAAGAGGAAGAACAACAAGAAGAAACUCAAAAUGAAGAGCAAGAAGUUGAAGAGAUAUCCAAAGCAGGAGAUGAAGCUGACAAUGAAGCUGAAGAAGCAGAGGAGCCAGAGGAUGGAGAUACUGGCGCUGAUGACGCAGAAGAGGCUGAUGAUGAGGGAGAGACAUCUGAUUGGAGAGAAGAUGCUGAUGACUCUGGAAAUUACAACAAUCCUGAAGGCAAUACUGCAGAAGAAAGUAAAGAGGUUGAGCAGGAUGAAGCUGAGGCAGUGGAAGAUGCAAACCCUGAGCCAGAAAAUGAGGUGUGUUCAGCUAAGGAGGAAAACAACAGUGAAGGAGGUGACAAAUAUGAUGAGAAUGAUGAGGAACCUAACCGUGAUGACUCUGAUAAGGCAGAUGGAAAACAGGAAGAUGAAGGCAAUGACAAGGUUUCUGAGAUAGCCUCAAGGGCCAAAGGCAAAAGAGCCACUAAAAAGCUAAAGACUCUGAUGAAAGCAGCCAUGUUAACUCUUUAUUCUUCUAUGGGAAACUUCUCACAACAAUCCCUGAAGGGGUCUGAAGAUGAAGAGGAAUUAAAAGAUGACGAGAAACCCAUGAACAACCACCUCACUGGUGAGGUUCCAACUGAUGAGAACAGCAAACACUCACAGAUGUACCCUGCCUAUGAGGAAGAAGAAGAGGACAAAGAAUCUUCCUGCACUGAUCCUUUAGGAGACAAGGACCAGGCAGAUGCUGAAGGUGCAGAUCCAAAGGCAGAUGAACAUACAGAUGAAGUUCAGACUUCUAAAAAGAAAGAAGACACUAAUGACAUUGACCAGGAUGAUCUGGACUUCUAGAAUUGCUUAUAAAAAACUGUUUUGUUUUUUUCUUUCUUCUUUUCUUUCUUUUUUAAAACUAUAUUUUCAUUAUAUCUUACAGUAUCUCCAGUGAGUUGAGCCAUCAUAAUUGGCUUUUCUUCUGAGUUAAAUGUGGUAAACUUGAAUCCUGUGAGUAAUGUUGCAAUUACCUGCCCUCAUUUCUAGAGGGCUAGUAAACUCCUUAAGAUUUAGUGGUUUCAAUAGAAAAGCAGUUUGGGGAAAGAGAAGGCUGUUUUGUUUGUGAUACCUACUUGUUCCCACUCUUUAAGCCACACUGCUGCUUGAGUCGUCUGUGGCUCUUCUAGGCAUCAUCUCUGGGUGACUUCAGGAUGCCUUUUGUCUGUGGCAUGCCAUUUUCUUGGAAAGAUUGCCAAUCCACAGAAACUUGACAAAAUCUGGAUCCAUUGCCAAAGUCUGGUCAGAGCCCGCAGAGCCGUACAUUCAGCUUCUCCCCUUACUCUACCCUACCCUCUCUGUACCCAGAAAAAGGGCCUGAGAUAUUAAAGUCUUUCCCAACUACCUGUAUUUUUCUUUAGUGGGGGUUGAGAUAGUUUGUCACUUCACUGGACAUCCUCAACACCCAACACCCCAGUGGAUCUCUCCUCUUCCAGACCACCCAUCUGCUUGUCCUGUACUCAUCACUGUAGCAUGUAGUUGUGUAGCAGUAGAUAAACAAAGAAGAGUUAACUCACCUGUCAGAUACCUGAGAAGUGGUUGAAUGCAGUAUCAACCAAAUUAGAAAUGAGUAAAGUACAAUUCCUUGUGAUUACCUUUAUUAUGCCAAUGAUGGUAUCCAAGCACUUUACAAGCAUCUGGGAUCCCUCAGACAAUUUUGCACGAGGCCCUGUCCUGAAGCUAAUAUGAUUUGUAACUGUUCAGUGCCUCGCCCUUGCAGACAACCAGCAAUAUUCAACCUAAUUUUACCUUUAACAUGGAAAAGGUUUGAGCGUUUGUGCUGCAGCAAACACCUGGAAGAGGCUCAAGCAUUUACUAGAGAAGUUGUACUUUACAAAUGCCAAUAGAACUGCAAAAUUCAUUUAAUAACUAUUUUCUACCACGAUAUCUCUUCUUCAUUAUUUUUCCCCCCCUGGGGCCAUAUACAUAUUUCUGAAUAAAAGCCCAACUAAUGCCAGGAGAAAUUUGUCCAUGCCUCAGCUGCAUACGUGUGUAUUCCUCUCUAGGAAGCAGUCAAUUUUAUCUGUAAUUUGCAGGGAGAAUAAAACAGCAAAAAAAGAAGAGAAGGUGAAAACAAAAUGCCUUAAAUUGUAUGGUGAAAAAGUAUGUGUGUAGCAUUGUGCUGGGUUUGUGAAGUUGCAUGCUGACAUGUUGAAAUAAUCAA